ACACAAAAGGGAAUGCAGCCUUUAGUUAUAUUCGCCAUAGGCACCCUGCCAAUGUUGCUAGUAGCACUAAUCAGUGAAAAUCGUAAUUUCCUUAAAGCGGUCAACCAGCUGAGAGAAGCCAACGGGACUAUGAACGGAUAUCUGCCGUUUGCAGUUCCUUUUCAUGUCUCUAUACAAGUUAAACUCGGUAGGCGGUACCAUCAUCUAUGUGGCGGCAGCAUCAUUCACGAGCAAGUCAUCUUGACCGCAGCGCACUGCUUCUUUCAAAGACAUCCAACGAAACAUCUAAGAGUGAUGGCCGGUGUACAAAAGUUCACAUUGGAAGCGGCACAACGUUACCACGUGGCACAAGUCAUUGCGCACAAGGCUUUUGUACCGCUACAAGGUUAUGAUAUCGCUCUGGUUAUUCUAACUUUGCCGUUGCCUAUUGAUGGUGUGCAUUUUGAUACGGUGGAUUAUCGAACCGGCGGUAAUGUGGAAGACAGCCUGGAAACAUAUCUAAUUAGUUGGGGCCAAACAACGGGAUUUAUGGAAAUUGUUGCAUUCAAAACAAUCCAAUCUCAUGAGUGUCGUUGGUUUGGCUUUACUUAUAUAACACGCACUGAUUUUUGCGCUUACAGCGCCACGGGACGUGGUGCUUGCGAUGGGGAUUCUGGUGGUGCACUACUUACCGCAAAUCUUACCAAACAAAUUGGAAUUUUAUCGUAUGGAAAAACUUUUUGUAAGAGAAAUCAUAUCUAUGUCUAUACAAGUUUGUUUCGCUUGUUUAACUGGAUAGACGAACAAAUUGUAAAUUUGGCAGGCGCACAGAAUUUUCGAGUAUGAUGUACUGAAAAUAAAUGUAAGCGCAACACUUGUAACGCAUUAACAUGUUGCACAAUAUUUAUUGGCAACAGCAGCAUUAUCAACUAGCUAUUUAUAUAAUUGUAAGAGAAAAUUGUCAUGUUGCAAUUUGUUUUGUGACAGCAGAAGCGCCUACCUGUUGUCAUCAAUUAAGUAACAAGCACACGCGACCUAUAAAUAAUGUGAAAACAAAAUCUAUGGAUUAACAAGAGUCUCCGCACUCACGCUGUGUACACAUACAGCUUUUAUCAUAUUAAGGGCAAACAGUGGAAAAUGAAGAGUCAAAAGACGGCUUUAACGAGUCAUUCGAAAAUCGCAUUGCCUAUAGGGUUGUGUGGCGAAAAUGGCUUAAGCAGUUCACAUUAUGCUUUAUUAAUUAUCGAAUGCAUUUUUCUAAACCCAAUUGAACUAUGCAUUAUAUAUGCUCUUAUUUAUUUAUUUUAAACAAAUGCAUAAAUUUUAAUUUGUCAGAACAUUUAAGAAGAUUC